UGUCAAUCUACCUGUGUAAUUUGUUGCACACAAUCAACAAUCCUUUGAUCAAUCAAUGCGCGUUGCGCAUCUCAAAUAGCAUCCCAUUCCUCUUCUCGAUCAACACCCGUCCCGAGCAGACCUAGAUCCAGGAGCAAGAACAUUUUAGUUGCAUAACCAGUGUUUUGAAGUUAAAUAAGGUCAGGUAGCUACCACUAAAAAUGUCGAAGAUAAAGAUGCUGCUGGCGCUCUCUGUGAUUUUCAUUUGGAUUUUGGGGGUGAAGGGGCAGUUUUAUGAAGAUAAAAGGUGCCGGUGUCUCUGUCCGAGCCAAUCGGUGGUGUCCAACAACUCCUUGACCUACAGCCAAAAGUUGUUCAUCGCCAAUGUGCCUCCCAACAAAUGUAACUGUGAUGAAGUGGUACUCAUUCGUGUGAGUGAGGAAGUACGAGCUCGGCAGCAAGAGUAUUGCCCUCGUUGCGAAUGCAAAUAUGAGACGAGGAACACCACCGUUAUAAUGCCAGUCAAAGAUGAUACAGUUAUAGUCAAAGAUGAUACAGUCAAAGAUGAUAUAGUCAAAGAUGAUACAGUCAAAGAUGAUAAAGUCAAAGAUGAUAUAGUCAAAGAUGAUACAGUCAAAUAUGAUAAAGUCAAAGAUGUUAAAGUCAAAGAUGUUAAAGUCAAAGAUGAUAAAGUCAAAGAUGAUAAAGUCAAAGAUGAUAAAGUCAAAGAUGAUAUAGUCAAAGAUGAUACAGUCAAAGAUGAUAAAGUCAAAGAUGUUAAAGUCAAAGAUGUUAAAGUCAAAGAUGAUAUAGUCAAAGAUGAUACAGUCAAAGAGGAUGCGGGCAGUAUAUUUGAUCAUCGGCUAGUGGUGGUUGUGGUGGUGAUUGUGCUGUGGCUUUUGAUGCUGCUAUCGGUCUAUAUGGGGUUCCUUCUGUGCUUGGACCCGCUGAUCAAGCGCAAGCGCGUCAAGCCCUACAGGCAGGUCGUCGGCGUUGAGGAGUCCUGCAAAUUGCUCAUCCAAGGCGAAGAUGAAGACUAAGCUCUCUGAAUUGAAAACAUGGCGACGAAAUAACCAUAACUGUAGUAAAUAUUGCAUUUAACCAACAUUUAGAUCUGAUAAGUAUAUCAUUUGUAUGGCAACACUAUUCUCUGUAACGGUCUGGCUAAAAGGGCUUCAACCCAGGGCUCUUACGCGUAAUAAAAAAAACUGGGUGGUAAUGUGCCUCGUUCGCGCAAAGUGAAUGUUUUGAUCCGUUGGUGCCGUUUUGUUUGAAUGUUGUCUUUAUGGAGAAUAGUGUAGGUAGCAUACAUUAUGUAUUAUUAACCUAGUAAUUAAAUUAUUAACUAGCUCAUCACAAAACUGGCCGACCGAUUUUUAAAAUGAUUUUUAUCUACACUUGAUUUUUUUAGUGCAGAUCAAAAAGUUAUUAUCGAGGCUUUUCAUUUAUAAAAUGGUACAUUUGUAUUUAUUUACGUUUUUAAUUGAUACUUUUUUAUUGACUUUUUUAGAUUUUUAUAUAAUAUGUAUAAUGUAGGUGACCAAAUAAAAGGUGGGUCGAUUUUUUGGUGAACUAAGUGUAUCUUUGCUCAGCAAAGUCCAUUUAAUCAUAGUAAUAAGUGACAUGUAUACUCUUUAUGAAGAUAUUAUAUACAAUUAUUGUCUGUAAGAAACAUAUGUGUGAUCGUAUUCUUCCAAAUUACUAAAUGAUACAUUUCCGUAGCAUUUAAUAUACAGGGUUAUUAAAAAUAUACAUGUAUGUAAAUUACUAUAUUAAAAGUUUUGAAAUCGUAUAUUAAAGUAUGUAUUGAACAUCUUUUCGGAAUCACGGUUCGAAUCUCAAGUUUUAGCAUUUACCCUGUAUAUUUGAAAUUGUUUACAUAAUAUUACAUUCAUAAUUGUGCCAAUUAAAAGGGCAGUUUGAUCAUAAAGGUUUUUAGUAAUGAUAUUCAUAAUUAAACAGUAAGGUAGAUAAACAAAACUUCACGAAAUCCAGUUCUUUGUAUUAAUAUAUCGUAAAUGUUGUAGUAAGUAUCUUAUAGGAGAUGCACAGGUCACCCCCAUGGACUUAUAACACCAUCUAUAGUCUUUUUCACCUAAGAUGAUCCGUAUGACACUUCAAGGUUAUCCAUAUUACGCAUACUACAUACGCAGAAUAUUCUUGAAAAAAUAUUUGUAUUUUAUUAGCAAUAUAAUAAAAAAAUAAUUAACUACUUGUCUUGAAAUAUAUAGUAAAAUCUGAGUCUAUUGAUAAUAUUUUAAUUAAAUACUAUGUAAAAAUAUUUUUUAUUUACUGUACGCAAUGUGUGAAACGGAAUAGAUUUAGUGCUGGGGUAUUUGUUGUAUAACAAAAUCGAUUAUUUCCGCGGAUCAUUAAUCGAUUGCAGUGAAUACUUAGUUAUUAAAAACAUCACAAAAAUCAAAUAUAUUUUUGAUUGUUUACUUUAAUAAACGCAUUGAAAAU